GCGCGCAGCACGUGGCGCCCGGAGGGUUCCCCCCCACCCCGCCCGGCAUGGAGAGGCGGCGCGCGGCCCCCGGCAGCGCCCGGUACCGGCAGCGCCGCUUCUGGGACGCGCGAUACCGGCAGGAGGGCGCCGAGCCCCGCGAGUGGCUGGGGGGGCUCUCGCGGUUCCUCCCGCAGCUGGAACCCGAGCUGCGCCCCGGGGACCGCAUCCUCGUGCUCGGCUGUGGCAACAGCGCCCUGAGCCACGACCUGCACGAGCGGGGCUACACCGACGUCACCAGCAUCGACUUCUCACCCGCCUGCAUCGCGGCCAUGCGCGCCCGCUAUGCCCACUGCCCCGGCCUGCACUGGGCUGUCAUGGAUAUCCGCGCCCUCGCCUUCCCUGAUGCCACCUUCGAUGUCGUACUGGAGAAGGGCACCCUCGACGUGCUGAUGGUGGAGGAGACUGAUCCCUGGGAUGUCUCGCCCCAGGCAGCUGCCGCGAUGCAUCGAGUGCUGGCAGAGGUGAGCCGGGUGCUGCGCCCAGGGGGCUGCUUCAUCUCCAUUACCUUCGCCCAGCCCCACUUCCGCAAGCCCCACUAUGCCCAGGAGGCCUUUGGCUGGUCCCUGCGACACGCUGCCUGCGGGGAUGGGGACGCCGGUGCCUUCCACUACUUCCUCUACGUCAUGCGCAAGGGGCAGCCCCUGGACCCCUCUGACCUGGCCCUGGGGCGCCGGCUGCACCAGCACCCCGCGCCCCCCGCCCCGCCGCUGCCCCCUGCUCCCCCAGACGACGAGGACUAUCUUCUUGCCAUCCAGCUGUGACCCGGGGGGCUUCCCUGGGCUCCCCCCACCCUAUAAAGCCUUAAGCUGCUUCCCCCUCACGGGUGGGGGGACACGGAACUAGUGUGUGUCCCCCAAGGUGCCCAGUGAUGUGAGGAAUGGGAGAAAAGCCAGGCGGGCUUGGCCACCUCCUGAGGGGCAGUGGGACACUCCAGGGAGCGGGAGAUGCUGUGCCAGCUCCCCCCAGCCCUUCCCUCGCCUGGCUGGAGCGCAGCCAGGGCUCUGGGCUUUGCAGCCGGUAAUGAAACCAAAUCGGGUUUAAUUCCACCCAUCCAUCUUGUGGGGAGCAGCUCCCUGCCCGUGUCUGUUGUUCCCCCCUCCCAUGGCACAGGCAGCGAGCAGCCAGACUGGGGGCAGGAUCGGGGGUGCCCGCUGCCCCCCACCCUGCAUUGGGACCCCCAGAGCAGCCUUCUCGGCCAUGGGGGUGCACAAGGGCACUGUGUCCUUGGUCACCCCUGGAUGGGUGGCAGGGGGUCUAGGCUGGGACGUGCCAGCGUGGGGCUGGGGGCACUGUGGGGCACGUGUGCAGGCACAGUGGUACAUCUGCCCCUGUCCCCGCUGUCCUCACUCCUGGCCACGGUUACAACCCCGGUGUGCCGCACAACGCCUGACCCGUGUCUGCCCGUGCCUAGAGCUGGCAGUGGGGUGACAUGCGUGUUCUGGGGCGGGUGACAGGCGUGCCACCGUGUGCCAACAGGGCUGCCUGUGCACGGCUGCUGGCACGGCAGCUGCAGCGGGUGUGCAGGUGCCACCAGGGGUGUCCCCAGGGGCUGUCUGGGCACCGAACUCCCCCAGGGUGGGCAACACCAGGGGGACAUGGAGAGGACCCUUCCUCAGAGAGUCGGCAGUAACACACCGGAAGGCGCGAGCCACUGGGCUGCUAUUUCUGGCAAAAGGCGUAACUGGGUCAGCUGGUGGCUCCCUCUGUGCCGGGAGCCAGCAAAGGACUCUGGGGUCAGCCUCCCCCCACCCCAUGCCACCCCAUCCCGCAGGCACCCCGAAAAGCAGCUGGUGCCUGGGAGGGACAGAAAGGAGCAGCAGCUGCUGGCCUCGCCUUGGUACAUGAAUGUAUUUUAUUCACUGCAUUUUGUUCACCAGUACAGUGAAAAAUGGCAUUUAAAUUUACAAUGGAUCAUUCGUAGAACAUCAUGACACAAGUAUACUUUUUUUCCUUUUUUUUGUGGUUUUUUUUUUUUCUGAGUUUUGUUUGGUGUUUUUGUUGUGGGUUUUUUUUUUUUUUUUGCGUCGUUGUCUCCAUAAAUGCCACUCGUAGGUUAUUGAAAAAGAUGACGAGUUUCUCAUGCACAUCAGACCCCCCCGAGAAGCUUCUUAAAAAAUAAAAUUAAAUUAAAGUACAAAAUUAAAAACAACGACUCAGGCCAGUCCUCGCCCUCCCUGCUCCCCUCCACGGCCCUCAAGCGAGGGGCAGCGCCGGGACCCCCCCAGCACCCACAGCCACCCCGAAGGGAAGGGCUCUGGCCUCGGCGCUGCUGCGAGGGGACGACGGUGGCCGAUGGUGCUGC